GAGUUGAUCUUCUUGGUUGAUUUAAGAGUCUGAAGCCAAUUUCACUUGUAAGAAAGGGGAUGAUUUCUACCACCAGGCCUCUCCGUCAGCACGCCGUCUCUUCAAUCGAUCAAGUUCUAUCAAUCAUAACUCAGAACGGUCCAUUCGACGCAAAUUUAGCAGCUUCGAUUGUCAACAAUACUCCUAGCAAUGUCGUUGAUACAGUUUCCGAGGUUCUUCAAUCCAUACCUAAAUUCUUUUUCCAAUCCACUCCAUCGAUAUCGAUUGAUCAACAGAAAACGUUCCGCCGUCACAGAAAACCUAAACAAAAAUCCAAUAAAAUUCCCUGUCAAGUUUCUCAUAGAGAUCCCAACAAGGUAGAGCUUGGAUUGAAGAAAGCAUUUGACUUCUUCUAUUGGGUGGAGACACAAUUAGGGUUUAUACACAACGAGAAGACUUGCAGAGAGAUGGCAUGCUUGCUCGCUAGAGGAAACAAAUUAAACUCUCUUUGGAACUUUCUGGAAGAAAUGUCGAGAAGAGAAAGUAAAGAGCUAGUUACAACUGCAACCAUCACCUGUUUGAUAAAAGUCCUAGCUGAAGAAGAAGGGUUAGUUGAUGAAGCAUUAUCUGCAUUCGCAAGAAUGAAGCAGUUCAACUGCACACCAGAUGUUUGUGUUUAUAACACCAUCAUUUAUGUUCUUUGUAAGCAUGCUAUGAAAACUGAUUGCAGGAAGGCCAUUAGAAGGAGGUUAUCAGAUGUGAAUUACUUGUUCCGCAUGAUGAUUCACAAGGGUUUCAUUCCAAACGUGGUAACCUACAAUUCUGUAAUUGAUUGUUGUUGUAAAACACUUCGAAUCGAGUGGGCAGUCGAAUUGUUUGAUGAUAUGAAGAAAAGAGGAUGUCAUCCAAACUGGUUUACUUACAAUUCUUUGAUUAGAUAUUAUACCAGGUUUAAUGAGAUUGAUAAAGCCAUUGAAAUGUUGAGAGAGAUGCAAAAAGAUGGUGGUUUUGAAUCAGCAGGUACUAUGAUCUAUACUCCAAUAAUCCAUGGUUUGUGUAAAGUAGGAAGGUUGUUUGAUGCUAGAAAUUUUCUUAUCGAAUUAGUGGAUGGUGGAUGUGUCCCUAAAGAAGAUACAUUUAUGUUAGUUAGUGACUUGUUAUACAAAGUAGGUGAACCAGAUUUAUUGGAUGAUGAAAUACGCCAGAGGAUUAAAGAUGGUAUAAAGAACAAAUCGAUCAAAAGAAGUUGAUUAUGGAUUGGAUCAUCCAAGUAGAGAAUCAUCAUAGUGGCUUCAUAUCAAAUGAGCUCAAUUUUGGUGUUUCCAAUAUGUUAUAAUAAUAACUGUGUUACUAUUGCUAUUUUUAUGUUCAUUUUCAUAUAAUGUGUUUGAAGGUUUGGGUGGU